AUGGCCCAUACACGGGAGGAACUGGAUCAGCUGGCUGCUGGCUACAUUUCAGGCACCAUGAGCUGUAUUCACACGGUGCAGGAGUUCUGCAUCAUACACUCACAAUGGCUCCUACAGAGAGAGACAGAACUGGAGAUGAUGCGAGACAUCAGGGACAGAGCGGAGAAGAUCAACCUCACAACUGACCACUACAAAAAAUCAAAAACCAAGAUGAAGGCCUUCGGGGAGUUUAUGUGGAGCAAGAUGACCCAGGUAACCGCUGGGAAAAGGGCCCAGGAGCUGGAGAAGGAGCUGGGAUGCCUGCUCCAAGACACCUUGAAGGGGCUUGAGAAGCUGACCCUGUUCCUGGAGGCUGUGGAGAUGCUGGCUGUCACGUCGCUCUCCGUCUUCGAGGAGGAGAAUCCGGUGUGCCAGCUCCCCGAGGGGGUGAGCGCUGAUGACGUUCGUUCAGUCAUCACCGCCGCCAGGGGAGCCUGUCCGCUUUUGAUCCAUUUCCAGAGAGACAACGGCAAAUUCUUUCUUCCCAGCCUGGUGAACGUGGACCAGCUGGCUUUCCAGCUGGACAAAUACUUGAGGGUUUCCCAGGAGCUGUGUGAGAAGCUCCAGAAAAGUGGUGUAAAAACAAAACCCACUGAGUACCAAUUAGACCGGCACUUCAGGAUGACCUACCUGUUCAGGGGAUCAGCCCAGCGGUUCAUCGACCUGUUCAGCCAGCGCUGCUCCAGGAUGCAGCAGUUCCUGGUGGCUCUGGAGGAAAGAGCAGUGCAGCUGGAUAGGAUGAAGAUGGGGGCCAACAUCUCCAGUGUGGCGGGCAGCAGUGUAGGCUUUGCGGGAGGCAUUGUGUCUAUCACGGGCCUGGCUCUGGUCCCUUUCACGGCGGGGGCAUCGCUGACCCUUACGAUGGUCGGCGUUGGGUUGGGGGUCACCAGUGGCGUGAACAGCUUAGCUACAGGUAUCACCGAAUUAUCGGUCAACACUCACCACGGGAAGAAGAUCAAAGAAAUCUUCCAGAGCUACUUUGAAGACGUGGAGACUAUGCUGGAGUGUCUGGAGCAAGCGGCCAGGUGCAUUAUACCCAACACAGUGGCAGAUGGGCUGGAUGUUGCGACACAUCUUUUGACUUUAGUCAAAACCACAGGUUUUGUGGCUAAAGGGAUAGAUGCCUUAGUGGAUUGUGCUUCUGCCGUAAAGAUGGUCAGAGCCGAAGAGGUGGCAUCGAUUGCAGUCAAGGUGGUGACUCAGGAAGUCAAAGCUGCCCGAAACGUCCCCAACAUGGCGGCCGAUCUCACCGAUAUCGGGCAGUUGGCUAAGGGCACUCCCCUCGCCCUAAGCAAGUCUGUCAGGGUGGGGUUCAUCGCCCUCAACUCCAUCUUCAUGGGCGUGGACCUCUUCUUCAUUUGCAAGGACAGCAUCAGCCUGGCCAAAGGGGGCAAGAGUGAUGUGUCAAAGGUCAUCCGCGGGAAGGCCAGUCUGUGGAAGACCGAGCUGGAUGCAUGGGAGAAGAUCCAUGGCUCUCUUUGCACUGGGAGAUUGAGCUUUGAAAGGAGUGAGGAGGUCCUACAGAGGCCAUUUUACACCUAG